AUACGGAGGCGAGGCUGCCGCGGCCAACACUUACACUCAGGAUGGUUGCAGAGAAAUAUCUGUUUAACAAGGCAGUUGAGAUCUUUUUCAUUUCUGUUUUCAGUUUUUACUGCGUGUGCAGGUCAGAAGCCUGAAAGUUUAGGACCUUUCAAGACUGAUGAAUGUUUAACACAAGAGUGUUAAAGUCACGAGGCUUGUGACGGUUGUUUCUGUGUCGGAAGGAGAAAUAAUCCGAGAAGAUUUAUUACCAGACCAGCAACGUCUCCCUUCACGAUGAAGAUCAACAAGAAGCUGCUGCCAAUCAAAGUUCACUAUUUCCUCCGAUAUGCAGGUGCGGCACCCUUGGUGAUGCUGCUCCCACUGAUAGUACGGAGCAAGGGACUCUCGCCACAGACAGUGGGGGUUCUGUGGACCGUCAUGCCCAUGGUGGGCCUCAUCGCUAACAGCAUCUGUGGCAUGCUGGCUGAUUACUUUAAGGCCUAUCGCACCAUCUUCCUGGCUAGUAUAACCAGCCUGACAGUGGGUCUUGUAGCCAUGUAUUGGAUCCCAGAGCUUCCAGUCGCCGCUCAAGCCUCAGAGGAAACUUUUAACCUCACCUUGGUGGGAAAUGCAACGCUCUCUUCCAGCGCGUUCCUCGCCAACAGCAGCACGUUGGCCCUGGAGCUGGCAGGCGUGGACCCAGAGAUGACGGUUGGAGAGGGUCAGGCGGCACCCCUCGCCCUGCCGCCCGGUAAAGGUACAUCAGGGAUCCCGGAGGAGACCGAAAGUGUGGCCUCCUUCCUGCACUACCCGCAAUUCUGGAUCAUCGUCCUCGCCCUCCUGCUGGAACAGAUGGGCAUCACUAUUUGUAUCAUGAUGUCAGAUUCUGUCUGCUUCCAGAUCCUGGGUUCUGAGCGGCAUCUGUAUGGACGGCAGCGGCUGUGGGGCACAAUCGGUAUGGGCGUGAUGGCCAUCGUCUCAGGCGCGCUUGUUGACAUCUACUCCCAGGGUCUGCCACAGAAGGAUUACCUGCCCGCCAUCAUCUCCUGUAUCGUUCUCAUGUCGGCAGACAUUCUGGUGGUGGCAAGGAUGAAGAUUCCUUAUUCCAGUGACGAGAAAUUAAAGAUGGGAAAAGUUGGCAACAGUCUUGUGCAUCCCGAAGUCCUUCUCUUCCUAAUGACCGUGUACGUGAUGGGCGCGUCGCUUGGCAUCGUGUGGAUAUUCAAACUGAUGUUGGUGGAGGACGUCGCCCUGGCAUGGAACUCCGACUUUCCUGCGCUCAAACUCCUUCAGGGAUUAGUUUUAGGCAUCGAAACCUUCGGCGGAGAGGUGCCUUUCUUUUUCCUCUCAGGGGUGAUAAUCGAGCGGCUGGGAUACACUGGUGUGCUCAUCGUAUCAGUACUCAGCACAGGGCUGAGAUGCUCCCUCUACUACACUGUCAGCAAUCCCUGGUGCUUCCUACCCAUAGAGCUCCUUAAUGGUCUGAGUUACAGUGUCUUCCACUCCGUCAUGGGUGCUUACGCCAGCCACAUCGCGCCGCCAGGAGCCCAAGCCACCGUUCAGAGCGUCUUCAGGUCCACCUUCUAUGUUGGCUUGUCUACGGCCGGGUUCCUGGGGGGCUUACUCUACAACACCCAGGGCGGGUCCAUCGCCUUCUUGAAGGUGGGCGUGUUCGAUCUGAUCUACGUGCUUGUCUUCAUUUUGCUUCACUUCCUGGUCAAAAAAUACUGCAUCGCAGGUGAGGCGAGCUGUGUGGCGCUGCAGGACGAUGCUAAGCAGAAUGACCCCGUCAACAGGGUGCCGGAGAUGGAAAAGUUGUUCCUGGAGAAGAAACCCCAGGAAGCCUCAGGGAGCAUGAGCAGGAUUCAUGAGGACACAAAGAACGAGUGUGUAAGGUUUAUAGUUUAGGAGUUUUCUGCUCGCUGUGAGCGGCGGGAGAAACAUUCAGAAGCAAGUCUUCUGACCUACAUCUGUUAAUAAUUUAGUUCUAAAGAGUUAUUGGAAGAAGAUGUAGUGUACGAACACGUUAGCUGCCCUCUUCAAUGACCACGUCAGAUUCUGAAUGAACUGACUUGGUGAUGGAUCUGAUAUAAUGGAACUGAAAAACACCAGGGCUGCGCAGCGUCAGGGAAAUAAGUGUCCUUGUAGAAGAGAGACUCGUGAAACUGGAAAGGAGUAGACAUUCCUGAUGAGGCGAUGCCGUUGUGCCCUCUCUUUACCUCUAUUACCUUGUGAAGCAUGUCUUUCAUUAAAUAUAACUCAUUACAAAAUGCUUUAUUCAAACAACACUUCUCAGCAAAUAAACAUUCAUACACGUUUGUUGAGUGUUCAGCCAUAGAAUAUAAAUGUUUAAGCUUAUCAGGAAUAUUAUUUUUAUGCUGCAUAUAAAAAGUACAAAUUUAAUUAUUUUGUAAUAAUAAUUGUUUAGUACUGAAAUAAAUGUUUUUUAUUCAUAAUA